AUGUCAAGAGUAACAGUAAGAUUCUUCUUGAAUGAACAGUUUAUUUCAUUUAUCAAACUGAAUUCACAAGACAAUUUGAAAACAGUAAGAGAGAAAUUAAGUGAAAAGAUGUCUGGUUCUCAUCAAUUCCUAACAAAAGAAGGAGAUUUAAUUGAUAUAAAUGAUGAAGAGUCAGUUACUGUAGGCAAUGUAAUUGAUUCAUCAGAAAUAAUAAAUAUCAAAGAAAAAGAAGAUAAAAAGGGAACAAGAAUAAAACAAAAGGAUAAAAAAGUUACUACUGUUCAAAUAGAUAAGAAAACAAAGUCAAAUGAUAUCAGGAAAUCAAUUCAAAGUAUUCCAGAAACUGCACAUUUCUAUACACCCGAUAAUGAAAUAAUUGAUAAAAUUGAUAAAGAUUUAGUUUUAGCAAAAAGUACAUCAAAUAAUGAUGAGGCUAUUCUUAAAAAUGAGAAAGAAAAUAUUGUAAGAAUUGGAAUAUUAUUGAACGAAAAGCCAAUAAUAAAAAAACAAUUAAAUAAAAAUUCUUAUCUUUCAGAUAUCAGAAAGAUAAUUGAAAGAUUUGAAAUACCAACUGAUGAAGAACAGUCAUAUAAAUUAUCAGAUAUUCUGUAUAAUAACAAGAUCAAUAUAACAACAGAAACGUUUGGUGCUUCAUCAAAUAAUACUGUAGUACCUGUUAGUUCACCAUGUAAUACUUUAGUUUCUGGUAGUUCAUUAAAUAUCACUACAAUACCUGUUGGUUCACUAUGUAAUAUUACAGUACCUCAUACUUCUACAAGUAAUACUUUAGUCUCUGAUAGUUCACUAAAUAAUAAUAUGGUCAUAUCUUAUAUUUCAACAAAUGAUACUACCAUUGUAUCUGAACAAAAUAUUCCAAUUGAAGGAAGUAAACUAUUGAAAAAUAAAGAAGGAAAAUUGAAAAUAUAUUUAUAUCCAAAUGAACCAUUUAAUCAAAAAGAUGAGAGUGAAGCAGUUUCUAUUUUAGUUAUUGGUGAAACAGGAAGUGGUAAAACAACGAUAUUGAAUAGUUUUGUAAAUGCGGUAUGUGGAAUCAAGAUAACAGAUGAUUUUAGAUAUAUAAUUAUAAAUGAAGAUCAUUUAGAACAGAGUGGAGAUCAAUCUAAAAGUCAAACAAGUGAAGUAACAAUUUAUAAUAUUAAAAGAACAAAAAGAACACCACCAAUAAAAAUAAUAGAUACACCUGGAUUUGGAGAUACAAGAGGAGAUGAAUAUGAUGUAGAAAUUACCAGACAAAUUAAAGAAGCAUUUGAAACAAAAGUAUCAGAUUUAAAUGCUAUUUGUUUUGUUGCAAAAUCAAGUAACACAAGAUUAACAGAAAAUCAACAAUAUAUAUUUGAUAAUAUUAUUGAUUUAUUUGGGAAAGAUGUGAAAAAGAAUUUUAUUGCUAUACUUACAUUCUGUGAUGGUCAAACACCAAAAAUUCUAAGUUCAUUACAAUCAAAAGAUUGUAUUUUCAGUUUAAUUAUUCCAGAAAUAGAUGAACCAUGGUAUUUAAAAUUUAAUAAUUCAGCUAUUUAUUCAGAAAAUACUGAAGAUAAAUUUACACAAAUGUUUUGGGAAUUAAGUAUGAAGAGUUUUGAUGAAUUUAUUAAAAAAUUAAUAAAAUUACCAAGAAAAUCAUUAGAUAAUUCCAGAGAGGUUUUGACAAAAAGAGAACAAAUUAAAGCUCAAAUUGAAGGAUUGAGGAAAUCAUUAAAUAAUGCUCUGAUAAAGAAGAAUGAAAUAAAAAAGACAUACGAAGUAUUUUAUUUGAACCGUGAUAAAGUUAAUAAUAAUCAAAAUUUUACUUUUACCAUUGAUGUAACAGUGCCGAAAAAAUUUAAGUUAAAAUCUGGAGAGCAUGCAACUAAUUGUGCUGAAUGUUAUAAAACAUGUUGUUAUCCAUGUCGUGUUCCAUUUUUUAUUUCAAAUUUUACAGCAAGAGGAUGUUCUUGUAUUUCAUCUGGGCGUUGUACUGUAUGUGGGUGUAGUUGUUCAGAACACAAAAGAGUAUCAUAUAGAAUUGAUGAUGUAAUUGAAACAAAAGAACAAACAGCAGAAGAAGUACGCAAAAGAUAUAAUGAAGGUAAAGAAGGUAUGGCUAGUGCAGAAACUACGUUAAAAAAGUUAAGAGAAGACUACUAUGAAAUCAUAAUGAAAUGUUAUGAGAAACAAGAAAAAAUUAGAGAGUAUAACAAUAUAUUAUCAUCAAUUGCAUUAAAUAAUAAAAUUGAUAGUUCUAAUGAUUAUUUAGACUUAUUAAUUGAAAAAGAAAAAAAAGAACAAAGACCUGGAUAUUUGAAACUAGUAAAUGGAUAUAGAAAACUUAAACAAGCAAAUGAGAUAAUAGAAGAUAUUAUGAGAAAAUCAAGUUCAAAAAAGAGCAGAGAAGAGGUUAAGGCAGAACUUGAAAGAGGAAUGAGUGAAUUAAAACAAUGA